GGCGGCGGCGGCGGCCCCCGCGGCCCGAGCCCCCGCCGCGCCGCCGCCGUCUACACGCUCAACCUGCGCGUCUUCUGGCCGCUGGUGACCUGCCUGUGCACGGCGCUGCUCUGCCUCUGCCAGGCGCUGCGCGGCCGCGCCGCGGGGGAGGGCGCGGCGGAGGCGGAGGCGGGCGCCGCCCCGCUGCUGCCGGGCUCGGCGCUGCUGCUGCUGGGCUACCUGCUGGCCCGCUACCGCGGCGGGCGGCCCCCCCGGCGGGGCGUCCCGGACGGCGGCGCGGCCCCCCCGGCGGCGGCGGCGGCGGCGCGGCGGGCGGUGCUGGAGGGCUUCUACGCGCGGCAGCUGCGGCUCUCGCCGCACGUGCUGGGCCACAGCAAGGCGCACGUCGGGCGGGUGGUGGGCGAGCUGGUGCGCGCCGCCAAGGCGCAGGGGCUGCAGCCCGGCCCGCUGGCGCUCAGCCUGCGCGGCGACUUCGUGCGCAUCGGCAGCGCCUACGAGCAGCACAAGGUGCGCAGCCCCGACUGCUUCGACGUGCUGGUGCCGCUGCGGCUGCCGCCGCGCCUGCAGCCCGAGGCGCGCUGCGCCGCCGGGCCGGGGCCGGGGCCGGGGCCGGGGCCGGGGCCGCCCGCGGGGCCGCGCGGCGCCUUCGUGUGCGCGCUGGCGGCGCCGGGCUGGCCGCGGCAGCAGCGCGCCUUCGCCGCGGGCUUCUGCGCCGAGCUGCAGGGCCGGCGGCUGCUGUCGUCGGCGCUGGUGCUGCGCUGGUUCCGGGGGCACCUGCAGCGGUGCCUGGGCGCCGUGCGCUACCGGCUGCAGGAGCGCUGCCGCGUCCGCCUCUCGGCCGGCCCGGGGCGGCCGCCCACGCUGCUGCUCCAGCCGCGCUCCGACCACCUCUGCUGCCACCUCGCCAUGGCCGUGCGCCUCAUCCCCGCCAUCCCGCUGGGCGACUCGCUCUACCUCACCGCGCCGCCCGAGGCCGCCCGCGCCGCCCGCCCCGAGGCCCUGUGGGGCCUCAACGCCUCGCGGCAGGAGCAGCGGCUGCUGAGCUGGCUCAAGGAGCAGGCGCCGGCCUCCUCCUGCCACCUCAAGUGCCUGCAGAUCCUCAAGGGGCUGCGCGACCUCCGCGGGCGGCGCCUGGCCGAGCCCUUCUGCUCCCAGUGGGGCCGCGUGCUCUCCUCCUACGUGCUCAAGACGGCCCUCUUCUCCCUGCUGCUGCGGGGGCCCUUGGAGGCCUGGGACGAGCGCUUCCUCGUGGAGCGGCUGGAGGAGCUGGUGAUGUUCCUCAGGGACUGCCUGCGCAAGCAGGUGCUCAUGCACCUCUUCCUGGGCAACGCCGCCCUGCCCGAGGCCCUGGCGCUGCCGCGCUUCCUCAAGGAGGCCGCCCCCGUCAACCUGCUGGCCCCCUUCGACGGGCCCACGCUGGACCUGGCCGCCUGCCUGCUGCUCGACACCUGGAACCAGGCGCCGCGCGUCAUCGCCGCCUGCGCCGGCCCCCGGCACCGCUGGUGGGCGCCCGCCCCGUGCCGCCACGCCGCCGGGCCCAGCCCCGCGCUGCAGGGAGAGCGACGGGCGCCGCGCGCCCCCGCCGCCUCGCCCCUCCUCGGAGCAGGGUCGGGAGCCGAAGACCGGACGGGAUGAAACGCGCGCUCCGCUUUGUUUUUGAUGUCGUCGGUCGCUCACGGGAGAGCUGCGAAGCUCCUGGGAGAACGCCCUGGCGGGGAAGCCCGACCCGCGGCGGGCCGCUUGCAGACACGACUCUGACAGUCCCAAACCGACGCACCUGGAAGUCCGUCUUAGCUUGUUUCCUUCCCUGCUAAAUCGACUUUUUAUGGGAUUCACUUCUGGCGAUGCGUUUGAUCUCUCCGUUUGGGAUUUAAGCAUCCCGUGAGCACAGGGAAAAACCCUUAACGUACCAAGAUGUUCUUGAGAUGAGCUUGGAGCACGGUGUUGAUCACGGGUUGAAACGCUCAGUGACGUGCUUUAAAUUUUCUGUGUAAUCUAGUACAUUGUGCUAAGUAGAAAGAGGAUAUGCAUGUUAAUGUUAAAUUGAAGCGAGGGACAGAGUUAAACCUCUCUGACAACAGAACGAAGAAUCCAGCUAAAGUUUCUAUGAAGGAUCCAGUUUAAGUUUCUGUGUUAAAAUGAAGGUUAUGCUGAAGGAUUGAAAUACAGACAAAAGGAAACAGAUAGCACUUUAUUUUCACAAAGACCUUCAUUUUAGGGUAAUUGGCUGCACUAAAUAUUUGCUAUAGAAGAGGCAUUAGUAUUUUGUUCAAUUGAGGGGAUGAUGCUUGAAUCAUCCCGAGAAAAGUUGCUUUCGAGGCAGUGCUCCGGGGCUCACCUGUUUGUGGGCUCUUGUUUUUGAGUUGUCUUUUUUGAGGCUUUGAGCAUUACUUUUUCUUAGAAAUGGCUUUACCUCAAGGACCAACAACAAAACUCUAACCAGUUCUGUAUUUGUUCUAGAACAAAGCCUAAACCAGCCCAACUCUCGGUGCCGUGAGCUGGCUGACGCCCCACGUGCCCCCGGCGAGGGCUUGGCGGGCUGCGUGGCCGUCUGGCCCCGUCUCCGACAGCAGCGUGUUUUGGUCUGCCGCGGACCAAGUGACCCGGUGGCGUUUUCUGGCACGGUGCUGUAGCAGAGCGUUAUCCGAUCGAGGGGAGUAGGAAGUAAAAUAAAAUACUACAGGGUACUUCAGAGCUCUUGAGCACUAGUCAUGGUACCGCGGGGCCGUUCCAGGCUGUGACUGCUGGCAGCAUCUUAACACAAGCGCCAGCUCGGUGGUUCCCCCUUCCCGGGGAAGGAGCCCCUCCAAAGGGGCGCACGAGGCUGAACAGCAGCAAAAUCAGAAUAUCGCAUCCUUGCUUUAAGUUAAAAUAUUGGGCCACGUGCUCAAAUAUUUGAUGUAUUAAGACCUUAAAUGUGUUGCUCAACUUUCUGAGCAUCAGCAAUUUAGUAUGUGCCUUAUUACCUGCUAUACAGUGUCCUCGGCGAGCAGUUCAGAUCAGCUGUAAAUUACUAAAUGUGACUUUUGGGAAGCUUCGGGAUAAGUUGCUGUCACUAACGUACCUCUCAUCUCCCUGAGGGACACGCGUGCUGGCGUGCUUUAUUCGCAGUCCUGUGCAACAGAGCACAAAGCAGACACUUUCAGAAUCUAUGGAAGCUUUAUAAAAAUCUAUUUUUCUAAAUGGAAACACUCCCCAGGCAGAUGUUUGCCUACUUCUGUCUGUUUUUUUUAAACUGCUCUUGCAGUCUUAUUUUCAGGUAAUUAUAGCCUAGGUCACACCCUCGAGUUGGGUUAUUUUUAUAUGCGAAGCAUUGUGCUUCUUUCUACAAAUACGAAUAGUGUAUUUAUAGGUAGUAUUGAUAAACGUUCUUUGCACAUGGUUUUUAAGGCUAAGUGAGCUGCCUGGGUGGUGGUUUUUGUAGCAGACCACAGUUCGUACUAUUUUUGCAGAGUGGUGUUACUUGGUAUUUGAAAGGAGACGCAGUUCUGCAACCUUUGUUGUUGGAUCUUUUGCCCGAAGAGAGACUAGGUGACCAGUCCGGGGUGUCGUGGUUGCCGGGAACUCCUGACAUGAAAACCUUUUAGCUGCGGAGUCUGGCACCGUAAUCGCCUCUGUCAGCUAGCAGUUUGUGCACAUCGUUGUGCACUGCUGUCUCUGGAAAGUGAUCUUUUCUCUGAAAAGGAAUGCGCGUGUUCGGGGUGUAUGCAGGGCUGCUGUAAUACGUGGAAAUCUGCAGUAGACUUGGUAAAAACUUUCCUGUUAAAAGUAUAGUAAUGCCAGGAAAAAUAAAAGUUGCAUGUAGAAAUGCAUGGCAAAGAGAAAUGUUGGACUACAUAAAUAGUUCAGAAAAUGAAGGCUGGGCUGAGGAGGGGUGAGAUGGCUGUAAACUCACAGUGAAGGAGCAGUGUAAAUAAGCCGAAGGACAUGGGGUUAAAGUUGGAGGAGAUCUAUUGCAAGUAAGGUGGGUUUGGAGUGGAGGGAAAGGGAUUGAAGUAGGCAUUGUUUUGGCAAUACUUCCAGAGUAGUUGAAUCCACGUGGGCCAAACUCAUGGGCAAAAAUUUCAGUUUAUUAAUGGCGUAGAAUUGGGCUGGUCUUCAGUGUCAGUUCUUGCUCAGCAAGGUGUUCGUGGUCAUUGGUGAUGGGAGAAGAUGUACGCGUUUGCUUUAACCUUAGCCUUGGACGGACUUUGCUGGGGCGAGGGGGCUCCCGGCCGGGGAGGCAACGUGUGCGCAGUUGAGGCGAGGUCUGAGGGAGCCCUGACCAACUUGCAGCUCUGGUGUGCACCUGCACAAUCAAGUGUGUUUUCCCUGUCCGCUAUAAAGCAUGCAUUCAUGGAUGUGGUUGACAAAAGGAGCUGACAAAAGUCAAGUUCUGUUGUGAUAUUCCUAGGGCCUUGUCUGCAAGGCGGUAUAUUGGGAACUUGACCUACCUGAGUAAGCCCCUGUCCUCCCAACCCAGUGCUGCUGUUCACAGAAUAAGGUUAUGAAUAUGUAUUUGCAAUGUUAAGGUCUUAACUGUUGCACUGUCCUAUAGGUUCAGCACGGUCGUCUCUGUAUGUAUAGUCUGAAGCUCAAAUAUGGAAGAAAGCAGGUUAUUUAGCACUAAUGUGGGUUCUUGGUUCUCUUUGACUGCAAGCGAAUUUUACAAGGACUUCGUGCAAAUGAAGUUGUUUAUAUUGAAUGCUGGUUGGGGGGGGUCACACCUGUAAUAGAAUAAGUUUAUUUACAGUACCAAAAUGAAUAUAUGUGCCUUCUCUCUGUAUUCAAAAAUACUGUGUAUUUCUCAAAGACAUCAUUUCUUAUCUGGCUAUAUGUCUCCAAAACAUUCCUCCUCUUUGGAUUUUGAAUCUUUGCAGAGUAAUGUAAGUUUAAAAUGUUUGUUUGCAAUGGACGUUCUUGGUACAACUAUUUUUUGCUGGUUAAUAAUCAGACCAAAGAUUAAACUAAAGUGUUCAGCUGCUAUUGUUUUUUAAGUGUUUAUAGGCUUAAAGUGUCAGCCCAUUUUAAUGAAACGUUUAUAAAUUCAUUUCCUAUUUAAUAUCAAAAUACAUUUGCACUUUUAUUGUUUCCAUAAAAAGUUGGUGUUUUUGUUUUAAUAUUUCACUGUAGUAAUAAACAGCUGUUUUAAAACA